AUGUGGAACAGUACUGUUCUGAAGGCGUUCCUCUUCGUUCUGCAUCUGCUUGGCUUUUCAAUGAUGGUGAUUGCGAUUCCGCUUAAAAGCUGGUACACUUACGACCAAUGGACCCAUAUGAGUUUGUUUACAUGGCAUUGCGAACGGAAGUGUCCGUGCACUAAUUUGGACGUGAGUUAUAUUAUUUUACUAUUACUCUACUGUUAUAGGCUUGAGGCUAGGGUCAUAUUGAGUAAGAUUUGGGUAGGGCGUAAGCUGGAAGAUUAAAAAAAGUUAUUUAAGGCACGGUUGAGCUGGAGGACUAAAACUAAAUUUAAUACUAAGUCUAGGGUUAGGGUUAAGACUAAGACUUUGGCUAAAGUUAAGGUUAGGCUCUGGGCAGGGCUCUGGACAAAAGCUAGGACUAGGCUAGAAAAAGGGUUAGGGCUUGAAAUUGGUUUGGCUUGGGCCAGCCCUAGGACUAGCACUAUGGCGCUGGGAAAAAGCUAGGCUAGACUAGAAGUAAGACUAAAGCUAUGGCCAAGGCUAGGAAUAGGGAUAAAGCUAGGGCUAAAGCAAGGGCUAGGGUUAAGGCUAGGGCUCUGGGCUAGGGCUCUGGGCUAGGGCUCUGGGCUAGGGCUCUGGGCUAGGGCUCUGGGCUAGGGCUCUGGGCUAGGGCUCUGGGCUAGAGCUAGGGCUAGGGCUAAAGCUAAGACUAGGGUUAGGCUUAUUUUAACCUUUUUUUAUUUCAGGUACGAUCUUCUGGCUACGUCCGCUACAUGUCAACGUUCUUGUUAAUGACUGGAGCGUUCUCUGUAUUUUUCUCUAUACUCUCUUCAGACUUCACCGUAUUUCAGCCCGGCAUGCCAAGGCUGAUUUUAGGAAUCGGAAUCGUGGAUUUGGCCAGCUUUUUGUUCAGUGGGGGUGGAGUUGCACUGUUUUUGUACUGGUUUUGGUUUGAUACUUGUAAGUUGAUAUUGUAAUUUGGUAUUGUGGAUACAGCAAUUUUUUAAGCUAUAGUACUGUAGUCAAGAGUGAGGGUAGAUUAUAGUACAGUAGAGUAGGUUUUGGUACGGCUGGGUACAUUGUGGUACGGUAGGGUGUGGUAAUGUAGAGUAGGGAUCAGGUAAAGUAAGGUAGGGCAGGGUAGGGUAGGGUAGGGUAGGGUAGAGUAGAGUAGGGUAGGGUAAGGUAAGGUAGGGUAAAGUAGGGUAGGGUAGGGUACGGUAGGAUAGGGUAAAGUAGGGUAGGGUAAAGUAGGGUAGAGUACGGUAGGGUAGGCUAUCUUACUGUAAUUUCUGUUCAAAUAAACUCUUUCAGACUUCUGUACGACAACUGGCGAGUACGGUACAGCCUUUAAGAUAUAUGUCACUGGAGCAUCAAUAAUCACUAUCAGUGGAUUGAUUAACCUUAUCACUUAUGGAACAUACAAGUUGCUAAGCAAAUACUAUUGGAAAAGCAGCGCUUACAUAAAUGUAAAACAACAAGGCAAAACGAUGGUUACAAUGUCAAUGGAGCCUUCUAGUGGUGUUGCAAGCACAGAAACAGCGACUGAUAAAAACGAUUAA